AUUCAUAUAUUUAGAUAAAACCCAGAGUCGUAAAUAUAAUUAAACUUAAAGAGUUGUAUAUAUAAAUAUGGCUUUAAAUGAUUUGGAAUGGUUUAAAAAAAAAACAGUAUGCGACGCUAUUGAGCGCUUUCAUAGAUCUAAAGCAACUGUGCCGAACAUUAAUAGAGCAAAAGAAGAUCUUAAAGAAAUUAUGAAUUUGCUUGAAGACUAUUUGAAGGAAAACCACAAUUUAUGUGACAAAGUUUAUUACGCAGGUAGUGCAUUCGAAUCUUUAAACAUUGCCGAAGAAGUACCCGAGUUUGACGUCAUGCUUGUUGUUAAAAAAAAACAGUAUCUUAAAAUAAUUAACCAGUCUAAUGGAUUUUGUACUAUCAAGUGCACCAAUAAGAUGGUAUGGUAUCCUGUUGAUAAAAAUGGUAAUCUUGUUGCAGGUAGAUUUCGACAUGAGUUUAAAGGAAUUGUGCAAAAAUGGGUGAAUGUUAUGACUAAAGAAAUGAAAAAAGAAAUUUGUGUAGUAGAACAUGGCGUAGCAACACAAAUUGAUGUUUCACGAAAUGGUAACUUGUGGUAUCAUGUUGAUUUAGUUCCAUGUUUUGAAGUUAGCAGUUUAGGAAAUAGAGACAAAAUAGUUUGGUGCGUGCCAAAACCGAUUGACGAAAAUAAAGAUCUAUGGAGGAUAUCUUACUCUCAAUAUGAGACUCAGGAAGCUAAUAAACUUCAUGCUAAUGCAAAAAUGUGUAUUAGAAUCGUUAAAACUUUAUUUAAGUUGGAAACAAAUGGAUUGUUUAAAAAAUUUACUUCUUAUCACAUUAAAACAGUUGCGUUUCAUUUAAAUAAAGAAUCGUGGCCAGACGAAAGAAGUAUUGGCAAAACUGUUUACGAUUUUUUAUUUAAAACGAUGAACUUUUUAGAGCAGUGCAAUUUGAAACAUUUCUUUAAUUCACAAAUUAACAUCUUGGAUUCUAAUAAAAUUAAAUAUGAGCAACUGGCUAAUACAAUCCAAGGAUGGUUAAGAUCGGAGCAGUCUUUUAUGAAAGUAUUUGCAUUUUAACUUAAUUUAAUUCACAAUCAAUAAAAUUUACAAAUUGUUGAUAAAGAGUGGAACGUCAGGCCACUCCCCAGUAAGGACAGGAAGUUUUUAAAACGUUUAAAAAACUUAAAAAAACGAAUAUCAACGUUUUUUAAACGUUUUAAAAACGAUCUGUGCUUACUGGGUCCGUGAUGAAAAUUCAGUUAGACUUUCAAAUGAAAAUAGUCUUUAGCUAUCAAAUUACAGCUAAGUGCUAUAAUAAUAAUAGUUUAUGGGUGGGCACGGAAAAAUCCAGUCAACUUUAAGAAAGAUUUCUCUAAAACUUGAAAUGCUUUUUAUUACUUUUAUUUUUUUAUUUUUUUUUAUGUUUGUAUAUAUAUUUGUCAUUAUUAAUAUAAAUUUGUAUAACAUUUUACCGUAAAAUAUAUGACUGGAGCAAGUAAAA